AACACUAUAUAUUGAAUACAUAGCAACAAACACACUUCCAAUGACAACUAGCCACCUUCUUCCAUCACUUUGAAUGUCUUCCUUCCUCUUUUUAAUUCUUCUAUCUUUUGGGUUCAUUCACGAUCAGAGUUAAACCAGUUUCAUCCACUUCUUGAAUUGAUCCACAAAAAGAGUUGAAAUUGCUGUUCCAUCUUUUUUUUUUUCAAGAUUUUCUUGAUUCUCGAUCAGAGCCGAUUGAAGUAGCUAUACAUGGAGACAUUAUCUAUAUCUUCCAAUAGUUUGAGCUCAAAUAAGGUGAUGCCAGAGAGCAAGAACUCGGAAUGGACAAACGAACAAAACACAUGGUUCGAAAGCGCUCUUGCUAUAUUCGAUACUGAAACACCCGACAGGUGGUCGAAUGUAGCUGCUAUGGUUCCUGGGAAAUCCGAGAUCGACGUGAAGAAACAAUAUGAGAAACUGAAAGCCGAUAUCAAUGAAAUCGAGGCCGGCUAUUUAACCUCCUCAUCCUCCUUCAAACUAGAAUCUGAUGAAGAUCACGACGAUCAAGACUUCGGCAUCUUUAGAAAAAGGCCUACAAAGUUUAGACCUUUCGAUCACGAGAGGCGAAAGGGCGUGCCAUGGACCGAAGAAGAACAUAGGAGAUUCUUGAUGGGUCUUCAAGUUCAUGGAAAGGGAGAUUGGAGAAGUAUUUCUCGUAACUUUGUGAUGACAAAAACACCAACUCAAGUAGCAAGUCAUGCUCAAAAGUAUUAUGCAAGACAACAUGCAGAUGGGAAAGAGAAAAGAAGACCUAGCAUCCAUGAUAUUACAAUGGUCAAUCUCCCUCAUAAUACUAGCUCUCCCGAGAGAUCUUCUUCUUCAAUCUGCACCGGAAAUGCGAUGAACUAUCCAUUUGAGCUUGCUAAAAUGAACAAAAGUGGUGGGAAUGGUGUUAAUAAUAUUAGGGUUUUCAAUUCUGGACUCCAUUUCCAGUUACCUACAACGUACCAGAUUCAUAGUUAAGGAACCAAAAGUUUGUGUUUGUUGUUAAAAAAACAUGUUUGUAUGUACUUGUACUUUGUUUGUAUUCGAAAUCUUUGUUUCCAUUAAGAAUCUCAUAUUUCAAUUCUUAA